UUAACGCUGAUAGUCGGUUCAGUUCAGUUAGUUUCCGUCUGCCCUAUAGAUCGGAUGUGCCAUGUGCCCCAUCUGCUGUACGUUGCUGUUUAUAGCAGGGUUUUUGGCCCUGGUAUACGUAUUCCUCACCUGGAAUUUCGACUAUUGGAGGAAGCGAGGCAUCCAGACAGCCAGCUCAUGGCCAUUCGUGGGCAGUUUUCCCAGCAUUUUCACCAAGAAGCGGAACGUUGCCUACGACAUCGAUGAAAUAUAUCAGCAGUACAAAGAUACGGACAACAUAGUGGGUGUGUUUACCACACGAAGUCCCCAGCUGCUGGUUAUGUGUCCGGAAUUUAUAAACAAAAUUUACGCCGGCGAUUUCCGUUGCUUCCAUGACAAUGAAAGGGCGAAUUCUGUGGACAAAACUGUGGAUAAGAUUCUGGGCAACAAUCCAUUUGUCCUAAAGGGUGAUGAAUGGAAGGAGAGGAGGGCGGAGAUCACACCAGGAUUAUCGCCCAAUCGAGUCAAGGCCGUCUAUCCAGUGUCACAGAGUGUGUGCAAAAAGUUUGUGGAUUAUAUAAGGCGACAGCAAAGAAUGGCCUCCUCUCAGGGAUUGGAUGCCAUGGAACUGUCCCUUUGCUUCACAACCGAAGUGGUUUCCGAUAGUGUCCUGGGAAUCUCCGCGCAGAGUUUCACGGACAAUCCAACUCCUUUAGUGGGAAUGAUCCAGCGAGUGUUCAACUCAUCCUUCGGCUUCAUCCUCUACAGCGUUUUGGUCAACUUAUGGCCACCAAUUCGGAGGUUCUACAGCGUUCCGUUUUUCACCAAGGAAGCAGAGGACUUCUUCUUCGACAUCAUGAGGCGGUGUAUUAAGUUGAGGCAGGAAAAACCGGAACAGCAGCGAGAUGAUUUCCUCAACUACAUGCUGCACUUGCAGGAGAAGAAGGGUCUGGAUGCGGCAGAACUCACUGCCCAUACGAUGACCUUUCUCACUGAUGGAUUUGAGACCACUGCUCUGGUUCUAUCGCAUACCCUAUUAAUGCUGGGUCGUAAUCCCGAGGAGCAGCAAAAGGUACGGGAUGAGAUUGGCAGUGGGGAUCUGACCUUCGAGCAGUUGACCGAACUGCCCUAUCUAGAAGCCUGCAUCCAUGAAACUUUGCGUUUGUUUUCACCACAAGUAGCUUCACGAAAACUGGUAACUGAACCCUAUGACUUUGUGAACAAGAAUGGAGUUACUCUGCGAGUGAAUCCCGGAGAUGUGAUCAUUAUUCCGGUGAAAGCACUGCACCACGAUCAACAGUAUUAUGAGAAUCCACAAGCAUUUAAGCCAGAGCGAUUCCUUGAGACAAACGGUGGUGUAAAAAAGUACCGGGAUCAAGGGGUAUAUCUUCCAUUUGGCAAUGGACCGCGUAUAUGUCCAGGCAUUCGAUUUGCACUGACCCAACUAAAGGCAGCUCUGGUGGAAAUCGUACGAAACUUCGAUAUCCAUGUUAAUCCCAAGACUCGUUCGGAUGAUCAGAUAGAUGAUACUUUCUUCAUGGCCACUUUGAAAGGCGGCAUUUGGUUAGACUUUAAAGAGCGAAUAUCAAGUUCAAUUGAAACCAUUGAGGUUGCCCAAUUGAGUCUCAGUUUGAUUCCAUCCGCGAUCGCGAGCGGUUGUGCCAUGUGUCCCAUUUCGACGGCUCUGUUCGUAAUAGCGGCCUUUCUGGCCUUGAUCUAUAUCUUUCUGACAUGGAACUUUAACUACUGGAAGAAGCGUGGCAUCCCAUCUGCGAAAUCAUGGCCCUUCGUGGGCAGCUUUCCCAGCAUUUUCACCCAGAAGCGCAACGUGGUCUACGACAUCGAUGAGAUCUAUGAGCAGUACAAAAACACUGAUAGCAUCGUGGGGGUGUUCCAGACUAGAAUGCCACAACUCUUGAUCACAAGUCCGGAAUAUGCGCACCAGAUAUUGGUUAAUGACUUCCGAAGUUUCCAUGAUAAUGAGAUGUCUAAGUUUACCAGCAAAAAGGCGGACAAAAUCCUGGCCAACAAUCCAUUCAUUUUGACUGGUGAGUCCUGGAAGGAAAGACGUGCGGAGGUUACACCCGGCCUUUCGGCCAAUCGGGUCAAAGCUUCCUACCCGGUCUCGCAACGCGUUUGCAAAAAGUUUGCUGAAUAUCUGAAAAAGCAACAAAAGAUGGCCCCCUCGGAUGGUCUGAAUGCCAAGGAAGUGUGUUUGCACUAUACCACCGAAGUGGUUUCCGAUUGUGUCCUGGGCAUUUCCGCCCAGAGUUUCACGGAUAAUCCCACACCCCUGGUGGGAAUGAUCAAGCGGGUCUUUGAGCAGUCCUUUGGAUUCAUAUUCUACACAGUGGUGGCCAAUCUCUGGCCACCAAUUCGGAACUUCUACAGCGUAAGCCUUUUCGCCAAGGAGGUGGAGGAGUUCUUCUAUGACAUCAUGAGGAAGUGCAUCCAAAUGAGGCGGGAGAAUCCAGGACAACAGCGAGACGAUUUCCUCAACUACAUGCUGCAGUUGCAGGAGAAGAAGGGCUUGGACGCUGUGGAGUUAACCUCACAUACCAUGACUUUCCUUACGGACGGAUUUGAGACCACAGCUCAGGUUUUAACCCAUGCACUUCUCCUACUGGGUCGCAAUCCUGAGGAGCAGAGGAAGUUGAGGGAGGAAGUCGGCACUGCCGAGCUGUCCUUUGAACAGUUGAGCGAACUGCCCUUCAUCGAGGCGUGCAUUCAUGAAACUCUACGACUUUUCUCUCCUCUAAUGGCUGCCCGCAAGGUGGUAACUGAGCCCUACGAGUUUGUAAACAAAAAUGGAGUGAGCGUUAAGGUUUAUCCCGGCGAUGUGGUCAUCAUUCCAGUUAAUGCCCUGCACUACGAUCCCCAGUACUACGAAGAUCCCCAGUCCUUUAAGCCCCAGCGAUUCCUGGAGGUCAAUGGUGGAGCCAAGAAGUACAGGGAUCAGGGUGUCUACUUAGGUUUUGGCGAUGGACCGCGUAUUUGUCCUGGCAUGCGUUUUGCACUCACUCAACUUAAAGCCGCCCUGGUGGAAAUCGUGCGGAACUUUGACAUUAAGGUUAACCCCAAAACCCGCCAGGAUAAUCAGUUCGAUGAUACCUACUUCAUGGCUGCUUUGAAAGGGGGCGUUUGGCUGGACUUUGUGGAUCGCAAUUAGACCAUACCAUACCUCAUAUCUGCUUUUAUAUUAUACAGAUGCCACAAAUUAUUAUUAAAUAUAGUUUGUACAGCUGCAAUAAUUUUAUAUUUUUCAA